UUAAAUUAUCAGUGUGUAGAGAGAAAAAUAUGCAAUUAGUAUUAGGUAUAAUCACCAUUUUAGUUUUUGGAAGCUACAGGACAAUUGCACUAGAUGAAUAUUCCAUCCAAAAGCCACAUAAAUUGUUGGAUUUAGAGCAAAAAUUUGCAAGUAAUCUAAACAGUUACGCCAAACUACUAACAGAGAAAAUUUCCACCUUAACAUUAUAUAUUAAUUCCAUAGACCAUAAAUCAAAUGAAAAUCAAAAGGAAAGAGAAGAGUACGUGUUGAAUCCCUUAAAUGCUUUUAGUUUAAUGGCACGAACCUAUAGAGAUAUGCCUAAAUGGCAUGCCUAUGCAAAGGCCUCUGUAGGAUUGGAGCAAUUGGCUUCAUUACAAGAUCUACUCAUCCAGUUGCAUUUGUCUAGCUUAGAGGAAAUUCAAGCCAUUCCCCAUUAUUGUGGCUACACAUUGGACCCAACCAAAGAAGUUGAAUCAAAUGUAUGUAAACAAUUCGUGUGGUCUUGUGGCAAUAAUCUUUGAGGACAAUUUUGAAACGAAAAUGUCGUGACUUACCCGGAAUCAAUACAUGGCAUUACUUGUUAUCCAAGAUUAAGAUCCAUCCAACGAUUUUGUUUGAUGAUUUAUCUGUGGGGCAUAUAAAUUAAACAUCGAUGUUAGUAGGAUUAGUCAUAUAGCAGGACUAGAGCCCCACGCAUUUAAACGAUCUGCGUUUUCAGAGAAUUUCGAGAAUAUCAAGUUAUUUUUUUCAAGCGAUGCAAAAAUUGCUAAUGAGAUAGUUUUGCAUCUAAAUCGUCAUAUCCCAAAAUUUUAAGAAGAUCGGAUGAAUAGGACUGAAGUUAUCGACGCUGCCGACAGCGCUGCAGCAGCCUACUACGUCAUUGCUCGAAACCAACAGAACAGACACACAUACAGACGCAAAAUAUAGUUUUUGUCAGAUUUUCAUUCAUAUCUUAACUUUCAUAUUGAAAAUGAAUCUUCUAAUUUGUAUUAGACUCCAAAAACUCUUGUUACCCCGCUCUUUCUCUCAAUCCGGCACUGUUAAAUAAAUGUAAAGUAUAAUUAACUAAAGUUAACUAUAACCAAAAUAAACCAAAUGGUUCCACAUAAAAAACAUAUUAAAGCCUUUCAGUUUUCUACAACUGAAAUUUACGACCAAAAGUAUAA